CCCCGCUCUGUCACGUGCAUCCUCACGCUGGCGCAUCCAGAAGUCAGGUGACCGGACUUCCUCGUUUUUCUCUGAAUCAACAACUUGGAUCUGCAGCCGUAAAGGGAGAGAGAACGAGAAGAGGGGAAGAGAAACAGGAGGAGGCAUUCUAAUCUACUCCGUUAAAACACGAGAAAGACAACAGGAUACAUUUCUGGAGUUAUCUCGCUCUCUCUCUCUAUAUAAUUACAGGAAAGCUGUGAAUUUAGCUGUUGAUUUUGCAGCGCUUGUAUCGGAGACGCGGCGGGUCUGCUGCAGAGGCGAGCUAGCGCGUUUCCAGAGCAACGUCACAUCUGGGCUGGCGUUUAAACUUGUGUAAUAUAACAGUGAAUACAGAUAUAUCUGUAACUUCAUUACUGAGCUCAGUUAGAAAAUAAUUAAGCAUGUCUCAAUAUACGCAGUUUCCGGAGCCGACAGAGGCUGGCAAUCCAUUUCAGGACCCUGCUGUGACACAGCACCACACCCCCAGCACGGGCUAUGCCACCCUCGAUCUCUACAACCCUUUCGACAGCAGCCGAGGGCCGCCCCCUCCCUAUGAGGCAGCGAAACAGACGCCCCCCCCGGCGGCCCAGCCCCCCCCCCAGCAGCCUGCGGCCCCCCAGCCCAAGACCCCCACCGAGCCCCGAAACUACGGCUCAUACUCCACACAGCCUCAGGCCCGCAGCGCCACGGCUGCAGCCACGGCAGAGCUGCUCCGGAGACAGGAAGAGCUGGAGAAGAAAGCAGCGGAUCUGGAGAGGAGAGAGAGGGAGCUACAGAGCGCAGGGCUGGGGAAAGAGGCCACGAGGCAGAAUAACUGGCCCCCCUUCCCCAGCUUCUGCCCCAUCCAGCCCUGCUUCUACCAGGACAUCAGCGUGGAGAUCGGACAGGACUUCCAGAGGACCGUCUCCACCAUGUACUACUUCUGGAUGUUCUCGGGCUGCACCCUGAUCUUUAACUUCAUUGCAAACCUGGCCUUCUUCUGUGUGAACACCAGCGCUGGAGUGGGCCUGGGGCUCGCCAUUCUCUGGAUCCUCAUCUUCACCCCCUGCUCCUUCCUCUGUUGGUACAGGCCCAUGUACAAAGCCUUCAGGAGUGACAGCUCCUUCAAUUUCUUCUUCUUCUUCUUCGUCUUCUUCGUUCAAGUCUGCCUGUACGUCAUGCAAGCGGUGGGCAUCCCCGACUGGGGCUUCAGUGGCUGGAUCGUUAGCCUCGCUGCCCUGAAGGUAAACGUUGCUGUGGCUGUGAUAAUGCUGCUGACCGCGGUCAUGUUCACUGGCACUGCUGUCAUGGGUGUGAUCAUGCUGAAGAAAAUCCACUCUCUGUACCGCCGCACCGGUGCCAGUUUCCAGAAGGCUCAGGCGGAGUUCACCACGGGGGUCCUGUCCAACGAGGCGGUGCGGACCGCUGCAGCCAGCGCAGCGACCGGGGCGGCACAGGGGGCCUUCCGGGGGAAUUGAGGGGGGGGGGGGAGGGGAGGCUGUGCUGGUUCUCUGUGCGUCUCGAGGAAUCGACUGGAGGAGAUGGUUACUCACAUCUGAUAUUUUUUUCCUGCUCUAAACUCCUCCAUCGCAGUGCCAAAGCUGGUUACCAGUUCAGAUUUUACAAUAACGUGUUUAGCCACUAGGGCGGCAGUGUUGCUUAAAGGACCGUUAUUAUUAUUAUUUUUUAUUAUUGAUUGUUUUUUUAAUUAUUUAAUUUGUUUGCUAGUUUAAAGGGUAACUGGUCAUGUAUUUUUUUUUUUCAUUUUUGUUAUUCACUGUAUUAAUAAUAAUAAUAAUAAUAAAAAUAAUAAUAAUAAUAAUAAUAAUUAUACGAAGAAGAAUCUCAAUGUAUUCAGUUAUAAAUAAUUAAAAGGAAUUAAUUGAAUGUCAUGUAAGGUGACAGUCUCUUUAUUUAACUGUUUUUUUUUUUUUUUUUGGCCCUAAUGCUAUUUUGAAAAAGGUGUUGGAGAUUGAGCUCUGGAGAAGCCCUCUCUCUCUCUCUCUCUCUCUCUCUCUCUCUCUGUGCAGUGCUGGAGAUUGAGCUCUGCAGUACAAUAUAAUACAGAUACAGCGCAGUGAGAGUCAGUGCAGAUACAGCGCAGUGAGAGUCAGUGCAGAUGCAGCGCAGUGAGAGUCAGUGCAGAUGCAGCGCAGUGAGAGUCAGUGCAGAUGCAGCGCAGUGAGAGUCAGUGCAGAUGCAGCGCAGGGAGAGUCAGUGCAGAUGCAGCGCAGUGAGAGUCAGUGCAGAUGCAGCGCAGUGAGAGUCAGUGCAGAUGCAGCGCAGUGAGAGUCAGUGCAGAUGCAGCGCAGUGAGAGUCAGUGCAGAUGCAGCGCAGUGAGAGUCAGUGCAGAUGCAGCGCAGUGAGAGUCAGUGCAGAUGCAGCGCAGUGAGAGUCAGUGCAGAUGCAGCGCAGUGAGAGUCAGUGCAGAUGCAGCGCAGUGAGAGUCAGUGCAGAUGCAGCGCAGUGAGAGUCAGUGCAGAUGCAGCGCAGUGAGAGUCAGUGCAGAUGCAGCGCAGUGAGAGUCAGUGCAGAUGCAGCGCAGUGAGAGUCAGUGCAGAUGCAGCGCAGUGAGAGUCAGUGCAGUUCUCUUUCAUGCAGUGUUUUUCCAGUCACAAUGCCCGGCUGCUGCUUCCUGCACCUCGUCUCCUGUGAAGAGGUUUAUUUCGUUUUGCUCGUUUUAUUUGCUUUGUUUUAUGUGUCCUCGUGGUUCUGUUGUAAAUGUUGUGCCAAAAUUUAAAAGAAAGAAUAUAUAUGUGUGUGUCUGGAAACAUUGUUAACAUUGACAUUUUUUUUUUAUUUGGUUAAAUAAAAUUGUAACUUUUCUGCAUCA